GGGGCCCGCCCGGGACUCCGCGUUGCGAAGAUGGCGGCGCCCGGCAGGCGCCCCCCGCGCUCCGGGCUGCUGGACCUGCGCUCGGGCCCCGGGGAGCGCUGGCAGCGGGUGCUGCUGAGCCUGGCGGAGGACGCGCUGACCGUGAGCCCCGCCGACGCCGAAGCGGGGCUCCCGCGGGACCCCGAGCCCGCGCAGCUCAACGGCGCCGCCGAGCCGGGCGCGGGCCCCCCGCAGCUGCCCGACGCGCUGCUGCUCCAGCGCCGACGCGUGACCGUGCGCAAGGCCGACGCGGGCGGCCUGGGCAUCAGCAUCAAAGGAGGUCGGGAGAACAAGAUGCCUAUUCUCAUCUCCAAGAUCUUCAAAGGCCUGGCAGCUGACCAGACGGAGGCCCUCUUUGUGGGUGAUGCCAUCCUGUCUGUAAAUGGGGAAGACCUCUCUUCCGCCACCCAUGAUGAAGCAGUACAGGUCUUAAAGAAGACGGGAAAAGAAGUGGUGCUGGAGGUCAAGUACAUGAAAGAGGUCUCACCAUAUUUCAAGAACUCUACUGGUGGGACAUCAGUUGGCUGGGACUCACCUCCUGCCUCACCCCUUCAGAGGCAGCCCUCUUCUCCUGGGCCCCCACCCCGGGACCUCAGUGAGGCCAAGCAUGUGUCCUUGAAGAUGGCCUAUAUCUCAAGGAGAUGUACACUCACUGACCCAGAACCCAGGUAUUUAGAGAUAUGUUCAGCAGAUGGCCAACACACCCUCUUCCUGAGGACCAAGGAUGAGGCUAGUGCAAAGUCAUGGGCAGCUGCCAUCCAAGCCCAGAUCAACACUCUGAUGCCAUGGGUCAAGGACGAGCUGCACGCGCUGCUGUCAGCCACCAGCACAUAUGGGAGUCAGGCCAUCAAGCAGAUCGGCUGGCUAACUGAGCAGCUGCCCAAUGGAGGCACAGCCCCUACACUGGCCCUGCUGACGGAAAAGGAGUUGCUUCUCUACUGUUGUCUCCCCCAGACCCGGGAGGCCCUGAGUCAGCCAGCCCGUACUGCUCCACUCAUCACCACCAGGCUGGUACACUCAGGUCCAUCUAAGGGCUCAAUGCCAUAUGACACAGAGCUCUCCUUUGCCCUGCGCACGGGAACACGCCAUGGUGUAGACACCCAUCUGUUCAGCGUGGAGUCGCCACAGGAGUUGGCUGCCUGGACCCGCCAGCUGGUGGAUGGCUGUCACAAGGCUGCUGAGGGUGUUCAGGAGGUGUCAACAGCCUGCACAUGGAACGGCCGGCCCUGCAACCUCUCUGUGCAUAUUGACAAGGGCUUCACACUUUGGGCAGCCGAGCCAAAUGCAGCCCGAGCAGUGCUGCUUCGCCAGCCUUUUGAGAAGCUGCAGAUGUCUUCAGACGAUGGUGCCAGUCUCCUUUUCUUGGACUUCGGGGGCACUGAAGGAGAGAUUCAACUGGACCUGCAUUCAUGCCCCAAAACCAUGGUCUUCAUCAUCCACUCCUUCCUCUCUGCCAAAGUCACCCGCCUAGGGCUUUUGGUCUAGAAGUCACUGGAUGCCCAGCCUUGAAGAGGGGUCAUCUAGCACUUGGCUUUAUCUGACCCUUUGUGGACUGCCUGCAUACUACUGGACCGACAGAAAGGAGAAAGAAGAAAUAUGGGUGCAGAGAUCCAGUCCUGGGUGGGUUAUCUUGGGGGAUGGGAUGGAGACCCACAACCUAGUUGGUCUUACUUGUAAUGGGGAAGCCUUCCUACCCCUCUCCCUCUCUACUCACCAGUGCCUUUUGGAGAGUGAUAUUUUGUGUACACAGAGCCAUUCCGAGCCUGGGAACUGCUCCUGUAGAGAUUCUGAGCCCAAUCAACAACUGCUGGACCUCCUCAAGGCACUUAAGCCAUUCUCAGGGGCCCCACCUGAAGUCGGGAUCCCAAGCAUGAGAAAGAGGAGGAGCCUCUGUGCUCUUUUCUCAUUUCAGCUCUACCACCUAGGGGCAACUGGUUUUUCUCUGUCUUGGAUGAAUAAACAGCCUAUGAGCAUGCAGGCAGCCUGGCCCAGUGUCUGUGGUUUUGUACCUUGACCAUGGGAUCUUACAGUGCCUCAGUCAACCCAAGGUAGACCAGACUCAGGACUGAGCUCCCUUGCCAAAUAGAAGAGCUCUCUCAUCAAGUAUAUAUCAAUUAUCCAUUAUUGAUAAAUCACCCUCAAAUUUAAUUGCUGAAACAAAGUGGGUUUCUAUUAUCUUUUCAGUUCUGUGGAUCAGGCACUAUGUGUUGCUCUUCCCUCUAUUUUUAUUUUUCGUGAAGUUAUAGUCAAGAUGUUGGCUAGGCAUGCACUCCACUGAAGGCUUGACUGGGGCUGGAGUAUCCAUGUCCAGCAUUGUCCACUCACCUGGUUGUGAGCAGGAAGUCCCUUUUCUUUCUUCCUGGGCCUAAAUGCAGGGCUGCUUGAGUAUGCUCAUGAGCAGGGGUUGACCCCAGAGAGUCUACAGGAAGAGAGAGCCAAGAGGAUUACACAUGCCUUCUAUGACCUUGUCUUGGCUGUCACAUGCUAUCACUACUGUUUUAUUCAAUUUAUUAGAAGUGAAGCACUAAGCCUAGCACACACUUAAGGGGAAGGGGUUAGGUUCCACCUUUUGAAGGAAUGUCAAGGAACUUGUGGACCACUGUAGAUUGCUGUGGGCCCCUUUUAUGCAGGAGGGAGGACAUUUGGAGUAGGUUUUGUAGAAUAUGUCUUUGCAAGAUAUAAAAUGAUGGUUGGAUUUGAGUUUGCUUUGGUAGAACUAUUUUGCUUCUAUUGCCAGAAAAAUCAGUGAUACCAGUAAUGGUAUCACACCCUGAGAGCUUGUUGUCUCUUGGCACUGGCACUGUGCAUUCAUUCCUCAUUGAUUCCUCACCACAUAAAUACAUGUUUGCUGGGCACAGAGGUCUCUGUUUUAUAGGUAAGGGGACUGGGACUCGUUGGGGGAGAGUGACUUGUCCCAAAUAACAAGAGCUCUGCAAUAUCUGAACUUGGAGUCAGACCAGGUCUUAUCUACUUUUUGGCCUUGCACUGUCCAUUAGAAAUAUAAUGGGAGUCACAUAUAUGUUUAAAAUUUCCUAGCAUUCACAUUAAAGAAUAUAAAAGGAGAUGACAAUAAUUUUAAUAAUAUAUUUUAUGUAGCCCAAUAUAUCCCAAUGUUACAUGUAUUAUAUAACAGUAGAAACACUUAUUCAUGAAGCAUUUCACAUUUUUUUCCGUGCCCUGUCUUUGAAAUCUGGUAUAUAUUUUUAUAUCUACAGCACAUGUCAAGUUUGGGAAGUGACUCAGCAGCAGUAAAGUGCAUGCCUUGCAUGCAAUGAGACUGAGGUUCAAUCUCCAGCACUGGAAAAACAAAAAAUAAGCACACUUACAACAUCUCUAUUCAGGUGCCAAAUUUUCACUGGAAACUCACUUGUAGUUAGAUUUUGUAAAAUUUACAGUUACAAAAAUUGGAUUCAUUUGGUGAUAAACUUCAUGUAUAGACAUUAAUUUAUAAUGAUGCACACCUAAGACUAAAUGUUAUAAUGUAUGUUACUUUAAUAAAAAUUAUUUUAAAAUGUG